GAAGCGCCGGCGUCGUUCUCGGCACACGCCGGUGAAUAGGCGCAGGCAGCCAAUCAGUCUCCGAGAGGUUACAGCAGCCCUGGCUGUACAUGGGAGGAGUCGGACUGCUGAACUGCCGCUGAUGAACCUCCGGACUGGUUUGAUUGCAUUAGGUUUUUUUGAGCUUGUUUUGCAGGACUGUGGAGCAGAUUGUGCCAAGUUCCAGAAGAGCGAACUGGAGUACAAAUUCAACAAGAAAGCCUUAGAAAGGCCCUAUACCUCUAAACACUCCUGGGGAAAGACCUACGGAGAGCACAAGCGCCACUUGGAGUUUAGUCACGACCAGUAUAGAGAGCUAAAGAAAUAUGCAGAGGAGGUCGGCAUUUUCUUUACAGCUUCUGGCAUGGAUGAGAUGGCUGUGGAAUUUCUACAUGAACUGGAUGUUCCAUUUUUCAAAGUCGGAUCAGGAGAUACAAACAAUUUUCCUUAUUUGGAAAAGACUGCAAAGAAAGGUCGCCCAAUGGUGAUUUCCAGUGGGAUGCAGUCGAUGAACACAAUGCGUCAGGUUUAUCAGAUUGUGAAGUCCAUCAAUCCAAACUUCUGCUUCCUGCAAUGCACUAGUGCAUAUCCACUUCAGCCAGAGGAUGUCAAUCUCCGUGUUAUAUCGGCAUAUCAGUCAGCUUUUCCUGAUAUCCCCAUUGGCUAUUCGGGUCAUGAAACUGGCAUAGCCAUUUCAGUGGCAGCUGUUGCUAUGGGUGCUAAAGUAGUGGAACGCCAUGUGACUCUCGACAAAACAUGGAAAGGAAGUGACCACCAAGCAUCCCUGGAACCAAAUGAACUGGCAGAGUUAGUGAAAGCCAUCCGUACUGUGGAAAAAGCAAUGGGUUCUCCAGUCAAACAACUUUUGCCCUGUGAAAUGGCUUGCAAUGAAAAGCUGGGAAAGUCUGUUGUGGCAAAAGUGACAAUUCCUGAAGGUGCAAUACUGACACUUGACAUGCUGACAGUGAAGGUGGGAGAGCCUAAGGGAUUUCCCCCAGAAGCCAUCUUUGAUCUGGUGGGUCAGAAAGUUAAAAAAAAUAUCGAAGAAGAUGAAACCAUCACUGAGCAAGCAGUGGAAAAUCACGUCAAAAAAGUGAAGUGCUAAAACAAAGCACUCCAUAUUUCAUGAUGUAGUACUGCACUAUUGCACAACAUACUUAAGUAUAAGCAGUAUGGUAGAUUAGAAGAAAGGCAUGUAAUUGUAAGAAUCCAAUCAGAUUAGAAUUUUCAGGUUCUUAUUAGCAGGAUGUUUCUGAAGUAAGGGGAUAUAAAAUAAGAACAAUUUUAUUA